UCUAGGCACUUCUUAGCUUCUAGUGUGAUGUGAAGAGUUUUUUAUAUCUUUCUAGCCUCCUCUCAAUAUGGGAAAGAAUGGUGGUACCUCAUGGUUGAACAUCGUGAAAAGAGCAUUCAGGUCUCCAAGUAAAGAGAAUGGGAAAAAGAGUAGCAGAAGGAGAGAAGAACAAGACCAGGAAGAGGAAGAAAAGAAAAGAGAGAAAAGAAGAUGGCUUUUUAGAAAGACGUCCAGCACUAACCAUGUCCCAGUUCAACGAUGUGAAGAAAAUAUUGCAAUAACGAACACAACAAGUACUACCACAGCACCCUUGAGUCCUGCUUUGGAUGCUGAGAAAAAACUUGCAGUGGCAGUGGCAGCAGCCACAGCUGCGGCAGCUGAUGCUGCAGCUGUAACAGCCCAAGCAGCAGUAGAGAUUGUUAGACUCACUAGACCAGCUUCCAUCUUUGUUAGAACUAAACUCUGGGCUGCUAUUGCCAUUCAAACGGCCUUUAGAGGUUACCUAGCAAGGAGAGCUCUACGUGCACUGAAAGGGCUAGUGAAGCUUCAAGCUUUGGUAAGAGGACACAAUGUGAGAAAGCAAGCGAAGCUAACACUUCAAUACAUGCAAGCGCUAGCUCGAGUACAAGAUCGAGUCCGUGACCACCGAGCAAGGCUUUCACAUGAAGGGAGCAGAAGGUCCAUGUUUUCUGAGACUAAUAGCUCGUGGGAGUUCAAAUAUCUCCACGACAUCCGUGAGAGGAAGUCCAUGUCGAGAGAUGUAAGCUCCGUUCUAAAUGAUUGGGAUGAUCGUCCAUGCACUAAUGAAGAGAUUGAAGCCAUGGUGGAAAGUAAGAAGGAAGCUGCAUUAAAACGUGAAAAGGCCCUGGCUUAUGCUUUCUCUAGUCAGAUAUGGAGGUCUAGAAGGAACCCAUCAGCAGGGGAUGAAAAGGAACUUGAAGACAGAACAGGAUGGCUUGAUCGCUGGAUGGCAGCAAAGCAAUGGGAGACAAGUAGCGGGGCAAUAACAGAUAGAAAAGACAACAGUAUAAAGACUGUAGAAAUGGACACAUCGAGACCAUUUUCAUAUUCUACGACAACUUCUUCUCAAAGAUUACAAUGCCAAAAUCACCUACAAAAACAAAGCCCCAGACAUUCUAUUGCUUCUCCUCUCCAUAGAUCACACUCCAGUCUUUCUCUCCACCAAUCGCCAAUCACACCCUCUCCUUGCAAACCCAAGCCCCUUCAAGUACGUUCAGCCAGUCCAAGAUGCCUAAAAGAAGGAAACAAAUGCUACUCAGCAGCACAUACUCCAAGCUUGAGCUCUAGAUAUUUCAUGAACAAUGGUGUUGGUCGAUAUGGAAUGGUGGGUGGAAGUGGGUGCGCUGCUACAAUCUUGCCAAACUACAUGGCAGCAACUGAGUCAGCAAAGGCUCGUGUUAGGCCACAGAGUGCACCAAGGCAGAGACCAUCGACACCUGAGAGAGAACGUGGUGGAUCGGUUGCGAAGAAACGUCUGUCAUUCCCAGUUCAAGAUCAUGGACCACAUGGAAAUGGUGUUGGCAUUAUUGGCUACAGUAGCAAUAGGAGCUUCAGUCAGAAUUUAAGGAGCCCUAGCUUCAAGAGUGUGCAUGGUUGCCACUUUGGAAUGGGAGAGCAAUCAAAUUAUUUCUCAUGUUAUAAUGAGAGCUCUGGUGGAGAAAUAUCUCCUUGUUCCACGACUGACCUUUGGUGGUUAAAAUAAGAAAUUUUUAAUUGGGUUA